AUGGAAUUACCGACCAAGAAAUCGGAAUAUUCCGGCGGCGGCGGAGGCGAUAUAAUCCGGUACCGAAUCAGGACAGAAAAGAUAUCUUACAAACUACCUAGCCGAGUUCGAGAGAAAUACGGUUGGUUGUUGCAAAGAGAAGUGACACCAACAACAUACAUUUUGAAGAACAUAACUUGUGAGGCCAAAGCAGGGGAGAUCUCUGCCAUUGCCGGGCCAAGCGGGGCGGGGAAGACGACGUUGCUUGAAAUACUCGCCGGAAUGAUCCCGUUAAAGAGUGUCACCGGCCAUGUUCUUGUGAAUGAUCAGCCAAUGAAUGCCAAGAACUUCAGGAGGGUUUCGGGUUAUGUCACACAAGAUGAAGCUCUUUUCCCUCUUCUAACUGUUGAAGAGACUCUCAUGUAUAGCGCUCGUUUGAGAAUGCACGGUGGAGUUGACAAGGCAAUGAGCAGAGUGAGAGAGCUUCUAAAAGAGCUUGGAUUGGAACAUGUUGGCAAUACAAGAAUCGGCAGCGAAUCGAACCGGGGAAUAUCCGGCGGAGAGAAACGGAGAGUUUCUAUAGGAGUUGAUCUUGUUCAUGACCCUGCAGUGCUUUUGUUGGAUGAACCAACUUCAGGUUUGGACUCUGCCUCGGCUCUUCAUGUAGCUUUGUUGCUGAAAUCCAUGGCUAGUAAGCAAGGUAAGACUAUCUUGCUGACAAUUCACCAACCGGGUUUUCGAAUUCUUCAGCUGUUUGAUCAGAUUUUGCUGUUAUCAAAUGGAAAUCUUCUUCACCAUGGAUCACUAAACCAGUUGGAGAGUAGGCUUGGUUAUGCGGGUUAUUCGAUUCCUCGCCAUGUCAAUGUUCUUGAGUUUGCCAUUGAGGUGACAGAAGCUUUGGUGAUAAGUGUUGAAGAAAGUGAGGUUGAGGAUAAUAGUGAGCUAGAAGAACAAUGUGGAUUGCUCAGAAAAAAUCCAAUCCCAAGUAAAGAAAACAAAGUUUUGUAUGCAAAUCCUCCACUUAAGGAGGUUUUGAUUCUCACUCAAAGAUUCUCAAAAAACAUUUGUAGAACCAAACAGCUCUUUGCCGCGAGAAUAAUUCAAGCAUUAUUUGCAGGCUUUGUGCUUGGUACUAUUUUCAUGAAAUCUACUCAUGAUGAUGAUCUGAGAAGGUUCGUAUUCCAUACGCAAAUCGGGUUCUUCGCUUUCAGCCUCACUUUCUUGCUUUCUUCCACAACAGAAGGCUUGCCAAUUUACCUGCAAGAGAGGAGAAUCUUGAUGAGAGAAACUUCAAGAGGGGCUUAUAGAGUGUCUUCUUAUGUGAUCUCGAACACAUUGGUGUUCCUUCCUUUCCUUCUCAUCGUCGCUUUUCUUUACACCACGCCGGUGUACUGGCUCGUCGGAUUGAGAAGGGAAUUCGAUGGAUUCCUCUACUUCUCACUCGUGGUUUGGAUGGUGAUUUUGAUGUCAAACUCUUAUGUGGCUUGCUUUAGUGCUCUUGUGCCCAACUUCAUCUCUGGAACGACCCUAGUCGCGGGGCUUAUGGGAUCUUUCUUUCUCUUUUCGGGGUAUUUCAUAUCUAAAGAAGACAUACCAAGGUACUGGAUUUUCAUGCAUUACUUAAGUUUGUUUAAGUACCCUUUUGAGUGCUUUAUAAUAAACGAGUAUGGAGGAGAGAAGGGCAGGCAUAGAUGCUUGGCGAGUCUCGGAGGCCAAUGUGUUUUGUAUGGAGACGAGUUUUUGGUGCAAAAAGGACUGAAACAAUCUCAGAAAUGGAGUAAUCUGGGUGUGAUGUUGGGAUUCAUACUUGGAUACAGAAUCCUUUGUUUUCUAAUUUUGUGGUGCAGAACUAACAGAACCAGAAGUUAG